AUGCAGAGCGUCGGGCUUCAGCGCCGCCUCCUCGUCUCUGUCUGCCUCUUCCUCCGCCUUCUGACCUCGGCUGAGUUGCAGCAGGUGGAGCAGCUAGAGCAGGAGGUGCAGAAUGUCCCAGUGGAGGUCAUCACUGAGAGCUCCCCCUGCAGCGCCACCUGUGGGCUGGGCCUCCGGACUCAGACUCUGUGCCUCCUAAAUGACAGCAAGGCAGCGAUGGAGGAGAAGCUGCCGAGCGGCGGUGAAGCAGAGGUGACGGAGAAGUGCCGCGUCCGGGCGGUGCAGUGCAUGGACACGUGGCAGUGUGGACUCCAAACCAUGACAGUCACAUCCGGACAGAGGGUGGAGGUCGACUGUGUGGGAGACGUGAUGGAGGCCACGGGGAGGUUCUCCUGGAGGGUGUCGUGGCGUUACGCCCGAGGGAUCAUCAGCACCGACGACGCUCUGUUCGCCCGCUGGGACGCUCCCGAGCUGGACCGAGUGGUUCUGGACCCCGUCAGAGAGGAGGAUGCAGGGACGUACCGCUGUGACGUGCAGGACGCCGCCUACCGCAGGGUCAAACGGGCUUACUGGGGCAUCCGGGUUCUGCCCGUCGGGGUCCUCAGCCUGGACUACGACAGCUCCCUGGCCCUUUGGGAUGAAGGCGAGAAGAACCAGACCGGAGAGGAGGAGGAGCAGAGGAAGAUCUUUCCCUUUGCUCUCCUUGCGAUGGGCGUCAGUGUUGCCGUCGCCGGCGUCUUCGCUGCUCUGCUGAGAGGCUACGAGGUGAUGAAGAGGAUACGGAGGAGGAGAAGAGGGAUUUAA